UCGAAACAUUUCGCGCCGACUUGACAAUUACUGAUUUGCACAAUCACAAGACAUCAUGUCGAAACAAUACCUACAAACCCAUAGCAUCCCAGACGCCUCGCCGGCAGACAUCUACAGCGUCGCAGCCACCUCCAAGCACCUCAUCACCGCCUCUGGCUCAUCCUCACUACACGUCUACUCUACCGAUCCCACGAAUGACGAAAACAAUCCUUACCCGCUCAUUCAAACGUUGCAAGAUGCACACAAGCUCGGUGCCCACCACAUCGCCGUGAGCGCAAACGGCAACACCGCCGCGUCAGCUGGAUUCGGAGGUGAAGUCAAAGUAUGGGCCUUGGACGAAGACUCCUCUCGAUGGACACCCAAGGGCUCAAUAGUAGACGACACAAAAGCAUCCCAAGGCAAGAAUGCCGGAGAAAUCUGGGCAGUAGCCCUCAGCGAAGACGGCCAAUUCCUCGCCGCCACAACCUUCGACGGCCGCAUAAACGUCUGGGACCUAAACACCCUGACCGACUCCAACGCAACCCUCCUCCGCUCCUACGAAACAAAGGGAAGCUUUGGCAUGAGUGUCGCUCUCUCCUCCGACGGCGAAUUCACAGCAUCAGGACACGCAAAUGGUGCUGUCUAUCUCUUCAACAACACAACUGGCAGAUUGGCGCAUUCCCUACAAGGACUUGUUAAACCUGUGAGAACUGUUGCAUUCUCACCCGCUAGCAAGUUUUUGGCUGCUGGAGGUGAUGCAAAAGUCAUUGCCUUGUAUGAUGUCAAGAACGGUGAGCAGGUUGCCAAUCUCACUGGCUCCCAGAGUUGGAUCAUGACUUUGGACUGGAGCUCUUCGGGUGAACAUUUAUUGAGCGGUGCUUAUGAUGGCAAGGCAAAGGUUUGGAGUGUCGAGCGUCGCGAGUGCGUUGCUACUCAGACCGAAUCCGACAAGACUCUAUGGGCUGUAAAGUGGUUGCCAAAGACGCAGAUGACGAGAAACGAGACAUUUGUCACAGUGGGCGCCAACAGAAGUAUCAGCUUCUACCGCGAGGCCAGCGGUGGUUGAUUGAAACGGUCGUCUUUCACAGUAUACUAAAUUGCUGGGUCGAAAGCUUCAUCUGCUCGACAAGGUAAUAACGAGCAAAGCUAGGGAGAUAAUGGUCACAAUCCUGCUCACAUAAACACACACUCGAGCACAGCAGAGAGAAAGACAUAAACAU